AUGUCGCUUUUUCGAAUCGGAGGUGCUGCUGGCCUUCGUGCGACUCGAGUGUUCGCCCCUGUCAAUGCCCGCUUUGUCUCCAGCGUGGCCAAGGGCGAGGUGAGCACCAGCCCUUCUGAUGCUCCCGACGCGCCCAACAAGGACAGCACUCUGGUCAGCAAGCAGACUCCAGCAGAGGCCAUGACCCGUCAUCAGCCUGACUAUGAGGCCACUAUCGACCAUGCCACCUCCCUUUUCUCGCCAGUCCCCAAGCGUGUGAUGGACGGCAGUGAGCCUGGUCCUGUACUGCCCGCUGCGGUUCUUUCCGGCGCUCCUACCGACCUUCAGGCGCGCACUGUCAGAAUCUACCGCCCCACGAAGCCUGCUACCCAGUCCGGUACCUGGCACGCACACCACUGGCGUAUGGAUUGGGAUAUCUUGCAGAAGGGACACCGUUGGGAGAACCCUCUCAUGGGCUGGCAGUCCUCUGCGGAUGGCAUGCAGGGAACCAACCUCACCUUCAAAUCCAAAGAGGAUGCCAUUGCCUUUGCCCAAAAGCAGGGCUACGAAUACUUCGUUCAGGAGCCGAACGAGCGCCGUUUUGUUCCCAAGGCCUAUGCCAACAACUUCCUUCACGAGCCGAAGAAGCUCAAGCACAUCAAGACCAAAUGA